AUGAAGAGUCGUUAUCUGGAUGUUUUUGGAAGCCCUCGUACAGCUAGGUUAGCUUCUUCGAUUUGGGGAGGGAUCAAAGAGUUGGUUCCUGAUCUUAUAGACGAUUCUUAUUGUUUGCUUGGGAACGGAUCUUCAAUUUAUUUUUGGAAUGAUGAUUGGCUUGGUUACUCGAUUGCUGAUAAAGUUAAUAUUCCUGGUUUCAUUCGCUCUAGGCUUAAUCAGAAAUUCUCUGAUUAUCUUUAUGAUGGAGUGUGGCAUUUUGCUUCGAAUUUUGUUGAGAAUUUCCCUAUGAUUGUUUGUGACAUUAUUCUGUUACCGAUUGGCAGUGAGGAUGAUAUUCGUCUUUGGAAGCCUUUUGUCCAUGGGGAUGUCACCUCAGCGCUUGCUUUUGCUUCUCGUUCGCAUCGGUUUCCACGUGUUUCUUGGGGCCUUUAG